AUGACCACGGCCUUGGAGCUCGCACAGAGAGGCCACAGCGUCCAGAUAGUGGCUCGGCACCUGCCGGGCGACGUCGACGUCGAGUACACCAGUCCUUUUGCAGGCGCCAAUUGGUCGAGCUUUGCGCAGGACGAGGACUACGAGAUGAAGGAGUGGGACAAGCUUGGUUAUUACCGGUUCAUCGACCUGGCCGACAACGUUUCUGGUGCAAGUGUGGUGAGACGCACGGAGCGCGUUCUCAACUCCAAACAGCUGCCGUGGUUCAAAGACUUUGUGCAGGGAUUCCGGCUUCUUUCCAAAGAGGAGCUGCCAGACGGAGUCGAGUACGGCCACGAGUACACGACGGUGGCAAUCACGGUGCCAAUCUAUUUGCACUAUUUAUUGCAGAAGUUAUUAGGUCUGGGUGUUAAAUUGCACAGAGCACAUUUACACCACAUCGGAGAUGCCGCGAGAUAUUUCACAGACGGCAAAGCUGACGUGACUGUGAACUGCUCUGGGCUUCUCUCCAGCAAGCUUGGAGGCGUGAUGGACAAGGACGUGUUCCCGAUCAAGGGCCAGGUGAUCCACGCGCGCAACAGCUGUCCGUACAUGCUUUCCGUCAAGGACAUUCCCGGUGCCAGCAAGGACGAGUCGCUGUACAUUUUCCCACGGAAAGAAGGCGGCACCAUCAUUGGCGGCUGUUUCCGCGUGAACGACUGGACGCCGGACGUGGACGAAGGUCUUUUUGAGCGGACCGUGGCCCGUGCACGCCAGUACUGUCCGGAGCUGUUUGCGCACGGCGACCUGGACGUCGUCAAGGUGCACUGCGGCCUGAGACCGGGCAGAAAAGGCGGGCCGCGGAUCGAGAAGGAGGUUAUUCCUGGCGUCGGCCGCGUGGUCCACAACUACGGCGCCGCAGGUGCUGGAUACCAGAAUUCGCACGGAAUGGCCAUGAAGACGGUUAUGCUAGUGGAGUCGUUUAUGCGCGAGCACAAGCUCUAG